AUGGGUGUAACUCCACUGAACCCCACUCGGUUUGAAGCAUUAUCGUCUCUACUAUUUAAAUGUGCCGUAGAUGCAGCCACAACAAAAUCAGGCUCUCUUCAAUUAUCAAAUUUGGCUCUACUCGUGAACAUGAGGGAUAAAAUCAGUACUAUUUGUCCUAAAACAGCUGCAGGCAACAUACUUGCAUUAGCAAGUGCAAGGAUGGCUAAUUCAGGCGAAAUCCAGUUCAACGAAGUUAUUCUAGUGGACUUUGGGUGGGAAAAGCCAGAACGAGUACUUGUAGUAACUACUGGUAUCGAGGGUUCAAGUCAUUUUAUUUUUAUGGAUACUGCCUCUGGAGAUGGUAUUGAAGCAAUCGUGCAUUUAGAAGAAGGAGAAAUGGCUAUUCUUCAAAAUCACAAAGAACUUCUUCAAUAUGUUGAAGACAACUAA